AAUUCCAUUACUCUCUUUAAGGCACAUUUUGUAAAUAAGUCUUUGGUGAACUGUGGUGCUGCAAAUGUACAGAGAUCGUUAUCCGUAUUAUGACGGAGAAGUUUAUGAUGAUACUGGUGUAGUUUUUCCUGAAAAUAUUGAGAGACGUCCCAAUGGAAGACGUGUCAUAGUAGAAGAACCAGAAGACUAUGGAAUGCCCAAUGACAGAGGUGUGGAAGACGAAUACGACGAAAGAAACCCUUUUAGAGGAGGACAUAGUAUGCAACCUUGGAACCAAUCUCCUUUUGACCACUUUGACCGACUGUUUGAAACUCCUUUUGCUGGACUGGAUAGAGGAAGUUUUGGGGGAAUGUUCGGCAACAUUGAACAAUCCUUGAGAAGGCUAGAAGAAGACUUUGCUAGAGGAGCAGGAAGAGGUAACGCUCAUGUAUAUAGUUUUUCUUCAAAGAAGCACUUUGGCCCAGAAGGAGAGGUUUAUGAAGAAAGUACCACAACGACAAGGGAAGGAAACCGAACAGAGGUACGAAGACAUUUGAAAGAUAGUGCUGCAGGAAAUGAAGAAUAUGCAUGGAAACGAGAAAUAGAUGGAAGAGGCAGAGAAGUUAUCAGGAGAAGGGAUGGUUCAGGACAAGAAGUUACAAAGGAAAACUACUACAACCUAACUCCUGAAGAAAGAGCUCAAUUUGAGCAACAGUGGAGAACACUUGCUCGUGAAGUUAUCAGAUAGGAGUAGUUGGAUGGAGCACGACAGAAA